AUGUGGUUACAGUUAUCCGCUAUCUGUCUCCUGGCUAUUGGAGUACAGAGUCAUGCAGUUUCAUAUACCUCUCGUUCUGACGGUCACGGCCACCACGGACAUGGUCACCAUGGGCGUCAUGACUAUGGGCUCGGGCUACCUUUACCCUAUCAUGGACAUCCAUAUGCCCACGCGCACGGGUACUACAAUCCGCUAUUAGCCUACGGUCAUGGAUAUGGAUACAGCCUUAACCAACAUCACGGACACGGUCACCACGGUCACCACGGUCAUCAUGGACACCACAAUCGCCACGGUCACCACGGCCACCACGGUCACCACGAUCAUGGUCACGGCCACGAUCAUGGAUAUUAUGGUCAUCUUGGUUACGUAAGCCAUGGCCACGGCCACGACUUAGGUCUUGGACAUCUCGCUGGUAUCUACAACCAUGGACACAACUUGGAUUAUAACCAUGGACACAACCUGGGCUAUCACCAUGUACCACAACAUGCUUACUCCAGUGUAUCUGUUAACCACAAUGCAGUCCACCACGCUCCUGUCCACCAUGCCCCAAUCGCCCAUGCGCCAAUCGCUCAUGCCCCAAUCGCCCAUGCCCCAAUCGCUCAUGCCCCAAUCGCCCAUGCCCCAAUCGCUCAUGCCCCACUCGCCCAUGCUCCGAUCGCUCAUGCUCCAGUCCACCACAACGUGGGUCACCUGGGUUACCCUCACGCGCCUCUGCAUUCGAACUACGUUCACGGACACAAUGACCAUGUAAGUAUGUUUUUAAGCAAACUUUUUGAAUUACUAAUUGAUUUACAAGUCCAAGCUAGCGCAGCAGCUUCUACGCUAGAGAUUUGA